AUAAAGACAGUGACAAAAAAGAAGAGUGGGGCAGAGUUUAAAGACUUUGUCUCUCACAGAAGAAAGAGAGAGAAAAUUCAAUUCGGUGAAAUUGGUAUUUAUUAUUAUUUAAUGUGAAGAGCGAUGGUGUCCGAUCAAGAGAUAGCAAAAGGGAUUCAGAUUCUUCUCACCCAAUCUCACCCCAAAUCAUUCACUACUCUCGAUCAUGUUGUUAAUCAGCUUGGUGAAAAACUAGGGUUUGAUUUGACUCAUAAGGCAGCUUUCAUUCGUGACCAAAUCAACCUACUCCUCUUCCACUCCCACUCCCACUCCCAAUUCCGCAACCCUCCACCGCCGCCUCAACCCUCCGUUCCUUCACCGGUGACCACCUCUGGGAUACCUAAAGACCAAUUUUCCUUCCAACAUCAACAGCCCCAAUUUCAUUUCAACCAACAACAGCCUCAUGCGCCUCCUCCUCUUCGGCCUCAAUAUCACCAUUCUCAUUUUGCCACUGAACAUCAAGAACCACGCCAGAGACACCCGGUUAAGCUUAACUUCGGUAACCCUGAGCCGCCGCCGCCGCCUCCUCCAGAGCAGUCACGACUGCAGACGUUACCGGAGGUGAAAUAUGAAGGAUUCCCCAUUCAAAAUGCGGUUUGGAAAUCGCCCGAAAAGAUCAAGAAAGGGCCUUCAACCAACAAAAGAAGAGGUGGGCCCGGGGGGCUAAAUAAGCUCUGUGGUAUUUCACCUGAGCUACAAGUGAUUCUAGGAAAAUCAUCCUUAUCAAGAACCGAUAUUGUGAAGCAACUAUGGGCCUACAUAAAGAAAAACAACCUUCAAGAUCCUGAAAACAAGAGAAAGAUAAUUUGUGAUGAUGCUUUACGAGUUGUAUUUGAAACUGAUUCCACUGAUAUGUUUAAGAUGAAUAAGUUGCUUGCUAAACAUAUCAUCCCACUUGAACCUACAAAGGCAUCAUCUCGUAGGAAACCAAAAGUGAAGGUUGAAAGUAGCGAUUUUAUUCCAUGUCAAGUUAUAAUCUCUGAAGCGCUUGCAAAUUGUUUGAAUAUGCAAGAAAGACAAAUGUCUCAAUCAGAGGCUUUGAGACUUGUUUGGGAAUACAUAAAGGUUAAUAAUCUUGAGGAUCCUGAAAAUCCUCAUUUCUGCAAUGGAAAUACCCGAAUUGUUGGUCAAACAACAUUUACUAAUCCAAUGAUCUAUGUUGACUGGUAUACAAGCGAUUCAUCAACUAAUGAUUUAUGGUGUUCUUUGACUUAGUGAAGAAACUUAGUGGAUUUGUGUUUGAUUUUGUUGUUUUAUUCUUUCCAUGUGGUUUCUAAUAGUGUUUUUACAACCCCUUUGUAAAAAAUGUCUAACCUUGACUACAAUUUUCAUGGUUUGCAACAAAAAAAAAGUAGUCUUUUUAGGUAAUAUAAGGAUUAAACGUGUAACAAAAACAUAACCAAACAAGCAAAUUACCUCAAACCAUAGGGACCAUUUGUGUAAUUGACUCUAUUUUUUACAACUCGGAACAAUGUACUUAUAUUUUUAUGUCUAA